CAAAACGUUUGGCAUUGUUUAUCGAACCUCAAGAGCUGUUGCCCGACGUAUUUUUAUGAAAAUUUUGCGUAAAUUGAAGCCCCGCUACUGGAUCCGAGUGUUUAAAGUCUCCAUUGUGCCCGCAAUUAUCUACAAUAUCGUAAAAGAUGUCGAUUGGAGUCCCAAUUAAGGUGUUGCACGAAGCCGAAGGGCAUAUCGUAACUUGCGAAACAAUCACCGGAGAAGUGUAUCGCGGAAAACUCAUCGAAGCCGAGGACAACAUGAACUGCCAAAUGACACAAAUCAACGUUACGUAUCGCGAUGGGCGCACAGCAAUGUUGGAAAAUGUCUACAUUCGUGGCUCGAAGAUCCGAUUUUUGAUACUGCCCGACAUGCUGAAGAACGCGCCGAUGUUCAAGAAGCAGGGAACGCGUUCAGGGACAGCGGGACGAGGAAAAUCGGCGAUUUUGCGAGCGCAAGCUGCUCGAGGAAGAGGCAGAGGAGCUCCCGGCGGUCCUGCAAAAGGCGGCGCUCCAGGCGGAAGCAAAACAGGUGCAUGGCAAGGAGGGCAGGGACGAUCUCGAGGAGGACUUUAAACGACUUAAGAUUUGCAUUUCCCUCGAUUUCUGCUUUUUUCUGUAUUAAAUAAUGAAUAAAAUUAAUCUGAAGUAAAUUU